AUGAUGCAGAUCGGAGCAACACUUCCGGCGAACAAUUUUAAUAUGUUUCAGGCGAGAAGCUCCACUACCGGUGGCUUCAAUUAUGGAUCACUGUUGAACUCUUCAGCAAGAGGUUGUUCUACAAAGAGCAUGAUGAAAACCACCACCGUGUCGACCACCAGAUCAACCCGGCAACACCUCUCUAAUCUUGACAAACUGCUGGGUACAGAACCUAAGGUGAUUCUGAACGAGCCGGAAGUGGUUAAGGAGGAGAUUUCUGAUAAUGGGGCGUUGGAUAAUAGAGGAAAAGGUCUCUUGGGAGGGCUGAAUCUGAGUCAGAUUUGGCCGGAAAACAAAGUGGCGGAGGAGAUGUCUCCGCGGCAUCUCAACCGCUUGCGGCGGCUGUUGUCAAAAAACGGUAUUGAGUAUUCUCCCCGGAAUAGUUUAGCUUCCCGGUGGAGGGAGUAUCACGGGAGCAAUAACUGGUCCGGUUUACUUGACCCGCUUGAUGAAAAUCUCCGGCGAGAGAUGAUCCGAUACGGCGAGUUUAUUCAAGCUGCUUACCAUUGUUUUCAUUCUGAUCCCGCCAUGUCAGCAGACGAAUCUCCAUCCCCACGCCACGUGGCUUUGCCUGACAAGUCUUACCGAGUCACCAAGAAUCUUUACGCAACCUCGUCUGUUGGGUUGCCGAAGUGGGUGGACAAGCUGGCACCAGGGCUUGAUUGGAUGAGUCAGCGGAGUAGUUGUAUUGGUUACGUGGCAGUUUGUGAUGAUCAAAGAGAGAUAUCACGUAUGGGAAGGAGGGAUAUAGUGAUAUCUCUUCGUGGGACUGCCACGUGUCUUGAAUGGGUUGAAAACAUGCGGGACCUACUCGUUCAGGUACCUGGAGAAAAAAACGGGCAACCGAAAGUCGAAUGCGGGUUUUUAAGCCUGCAUAAAACUACUGGCGCCCAUGUUCCUAGUCUUGCUGACUCGGUAGUCGAAGAAAUUAAAAGAUUGAUAGAGUUAUAUAAAGGUGAAACCCUUAGUAUUACGGUGACAGGUCAUAGUCUAGGUGCUGCUUUAGCACUAUUGGUGGCUGACGACUUAAGCACUCAUGUGAAAGACGUGCCACCAAUAGCUGUCUAUAGCUUUGGAGGCCCUCGUGUUGGAAACCGUGGCUUUGCAAAACGUUUAAGUUCCAAAAAUGUGAAAGUACUACGAAUUGUGAACUCUCAAGAUUUGAUCACUCGUGUCCCGGGAAUGUUUGUAAGUGAAGAGCUAGAUAAAAAGCUAAGAGAGUCAUGUGUUGCUAACAAGGUGUUGAACAUGCUUGAUAACAACAUGCCAUGGGCAUAUGCACAUGUUGGGACAGAGCUGAGAGUUGACACCAAAAAAUCUCCUUACUUGAAGCCAGAUGCUGAUGUGGCAUGUUGUCAUGACUUGGAAGCGUAUUUGCACUUGGUGGAUGGGUUUUUGGCAUCGAAUUGUCCAUUUAGGGCAAAUGCGAAGAGAAGCUUGGCGAAAUUGGUUCUUGAACAAAACACAAAUAUGAAGAAGUUGUAUACAAGCAAGGCACAAGGUCUAAAGUUAAAUCUUGAAAGAGAUAUGCAAAUGUCGAAUUGUUUGCCGAGUCCAUCUUAA